AAGGCAAAAAGUGGCCAACCCAUAUUAUAUUCAACGUGCAGACAUCAAAUGAGAACAACUUUGAUUACCGACGAUAAAUAUUUGUACUUGUAGAAAAAGCUCAAAAGAGUAAUUCCCAGGCCCCAGCAGCAGAUUCACUGUGCAUCUGAAAAUCCGAAUAUCCUUCAGAGCUCUUAAUAACGUUGAAUAUAUUCAUACACAAUGGGGAAUCAAGAGUCUGCCUUAAAUGACGCUCACGGUGAUCAUUAUCACCACAGCCCAGAACGUGUAAGAAAUCAAAUUGGCUCCCAUCCUCAAUAUCAGCCUACUACUUAUGCAGAAAGCUCCCUCGAUUCUAACUAUCGAGCUCAAGCUACAUCAUAUGCCGGAAGUUCAGAUAGAGCAAACUAUCAGAGGAACCAGCAAGCCUCUUACAUAGCUGAUAACUAUAAAUCUUUGGAUGAGGUUGUUACCGCAUUGCGAGAAGCAGGCCUUGAAUCGUCGAACUUGAUUCUUGGCAUCGAUUUCACCAAAAGCAAUGAAUGGACAGGGAAGUCUUCAUUCAACAGGAGAAGCCUUCACUCAGUUGGUCACACGGCUAACCCAUACGAGCAAGCCAUCUCUAUUAUUGGGCGAACUUUGUCUCCUUUUGAUGAAGACAAUUUGAUACCUUGUUUUGGAUUUGGUGAUGCAACCACACACGAUCAGCAUGUGUUUAGCUUUUACCCUGAUCAUCGGCCUUGCCAUGGAUUUGAGGAAGCUCUAACAAGAUAUAAGGAAAUUGUUCCUUAUCUGAAAUUAUCAGGUCCAACAUCAUUUGCCCCAAUAGUCAAUGCUGCAAUUGAUAUAGUGGAAGCAAGUAAUGGGCAGUACCAUGUCCUUGUCAUUAUUGCAGACGGGCAGGUAACAAGGAGCAUUGACACUCCGCCUGGAAGCCUUAGCCCUCAAGAACAGGCUACUGUAAAUUCUAUUGUUGCUGCCAGUGAAUAUCCUCUUUCAAUUAUUCUGGUUGGAGUUGGAGAUGGCCCAUGGGAUGAAAUGAAACGGUUUGAUGAUAACAUUCCACAACGGGCAUUUGAUAACUUCCAGUUCGUUAAUUUUACAAAAAUCAUGUCUGAGCAUUCAGAGAUGGACAAGAAGGAAACAGCCUUUGCUCUUGCUGCACUAAUGGAAAUUCCAUUUCAGUACCGAGCCACACAACGCCUUCAAUUCAGAGAAAGCAAAAGAGGCCCUCGGACAAGGCCAUUUCCUCCUCCUCGUGAAGUAAUUGAUCAUGACAGUGCUGUCAAAUCAUUGCCACAUGUGACAAGCUAUGAACCUGUUGACUCUGGAGCUGCAGAACAAGUUUGUCCCAUCUGCUUGACAAACCCAAAGGACAUGGCUUUUGGAUGUGGUCAUUUGACAUGCAAGGAGUGUGGUGUCACGAUAACAUUGUGUCCUUUAUGUCGAGAGCCCAUUAAAACUCGCAUAAGACUGUAUAGCUAGAUGCCAGAAUGUCAAUUAAACAAGUUAUUAACUUUCCUUGUUCCUUGAAGAAGAAGACUCAGGUUGUCAUAUGAUAGCUGAUGAAAUAUAAUAUCAACACUGUAAAUGAGCUGUAACGUAUGUAUAAUUUAUAUGGAGUUCUUCAGCUUUUUAUUUUUUGGGGGUUAUGCACAUUUUUAGUGUCUAUCUAGUGAAAUGUACAUAACUAAAUAUAUGAUGGACUUCUAUAUUGAUGCUUAAUAUUCGUCACUGA